AUGGCAGAUUAUAAAAGUUUAGAUUUAACAGAAGAUCCCUUUAUUGAUGAUAGUAUUUUCAGAUAUCAAUUUGGAGAAUAUACUCCACAAAAUGAUUCAUUUUUUAAACCAUCUAAAGCUUAUAUACAAGUUGAAGGAAGACUUCAAGCAGCAAGUGGUGCAUCCUAUGCUGAUACAGAUGUAGUUACACUUACACACAAUGGAAUUAUGCAUUUAUUUGAUAGAAUGGCAUAUGAUUUAUCAGGACAGAAUAUAGAAACAGUAAAUAAUUUAGGACAAGCAACUACAAUGUUAGGAAUGCUCAAAUAUUCAAAUGACUUCCAAUUAGCAGAAGGAUUAAAUCAACUAUGGUACAAAGAUACUGUAACAGAUGCAAAUUUGACUACUAAUGUUGGAUUUACAGUAAGACAAGCAUACAUUAUAAAAAAACCUACUACAAAACGUACAUUUUCGUUUUGUAUUCCUUUAAAUCAUAUUUUCGGAUUCUGUGAGGAUUAUACUAAAGUAAUUUACGGAUUUAAACAUACAUUAACUUUACAAAGAAAAAAUGACAAUGAUGCUAUUUUUCGAUCUGCUGCAGCAGCUAUAGGAAAAGUAAAUCUUACAAAAAUAUCAUUAUGGAUGCCUUAUGUCACACCAUCAGAUAAAGGAAGACAUACUCUUAAUACUGUUAUUAAAGAAAAAGUAACAAUUCCAGUAGCUUUUUAUUCUAGAUCGUGUGAAACUACAACUCCUCAACAAACAUCUAAAAUGACUUGGAGACUUGGUGUUAAAAGUGAUGAAAAACCUAGAUAUAUUAUCGUUGGAUUCCAAACAAAUAAAGAUAAUGAUCAAACACAAAAUGCUUCAAUAUUCGAUCAUUGUAACUUAACAAAUAUACAAGUUGUGAUUAAUAAAAUAAGAUAUCCUGAAGCUGAUUAUGAACUAUCAUUUCCAAAUCAACAAGUUUCAAGAGCUUAUACAGAUGUAUCCAAUUUUAAAGAAAAUUUUUACUAUAGAGAUUUAUAUCCACUUUUUGUUUUCGAUUUAAGACAUCAAUCAGAAAGAUUAAAACCUUCAGUAUCAGAUAUUGAUAUUAUAGCAAACUUUAGUGAAAAUAUUCCAGAUGGAACUGAAGCAUUUGCUGUUAUUGUGUCAGAAAGAUUAGCUGGAAGACCUAGAAUUAAUCCUAUAAAAGAAAAAAAUGAAAGAGAUCCUAAAUAUGACUGGCUUGCGAAAAUUAGAACAAAUCCAACAACUAUAAAACUUACUAAUAUAGAAACUGGUGAAGUUAAAAUAUACAAUUCAUUGUAUGAUUAUAUUCGUAAAGAAAAGCAUUGUAAAUCAUAUGCUGAGAAAUAUAAUGGAAAAGUUAAAAAUGGAAAAUGA